UCGUCUGCUGCGAAGAGCACGUGAACGGAACGGGACUGGAGCUGCUACAGCAGUCUGAGGAGGCAUGCGGCAAGUUCUUGAGACUCAAGGUGCUUGGCGGCAGCGAAAUUAAGAUGGGAUCGAGACCUUGGAUGGCUCUGCUCAAGUAUGAUGCUACAGAACCCGGCACCCAGGGAAGGGGCCAAUUUCAGUGUGGUGGUUUCCUGCAUCGCUGAACGAAUCGUUUCACUGGUCCUAACUCUCCUUUCGCAAGCAGGCUUCGUCCUAAUCGCCGCUCACUGCAUGAUCAAUGGAUUCCCCGUGGCAGUGAGGCUUGGAGAGCACAAUAUUACCUCUGAGGUGGACUGCAGGAUUGUGGACUCGAAGACAAGUUGUCAGCCGCCCUACGAGGACAUUGGCAUCGAAAAGAUCAUCCCGCACGAUGGAUACUCGAGAUUCACCCAAAAGAAUGAUAUAGCCCUCGUCAAGCUGGUGAGGGACGUGGUGUUUAAGGAUCACAUCAAUCCCAUAUGCCUGCCACUCUACGUAGAGCUGGAAAAGAGUAUCCUGGCGACGAAAGUUAUGCGAGUGACGGGCUGGGGCAGACAGACGGCCCAUGGGAAUGAUUCCGAUGUUCCCAUGGAGGCUGGGGUAUCCCGCCUGCCCCUCGCCAGCUGCAUCGCUAUGCAGAACAGAUCCAUCGCCAAGAACCAGAUCUGCGUCAGCGCCUCCCUCCAGGACAGCUGCAAGGGCGACUCUGGAGGCCCCUUGCUCUUCAACUUCUGGUACAAGAAGAGCAAACAGCGCUUUGUGCAGAUCGGCAUCGUGAGCUACGGCCCCGAAAACUGUGGCCACAAGGAGCUGGGAGAGACGGGGGAGGGUCAGACAUCAGUCUACACGGACGUCACCAGAUUCAUUCCCUGGAUCACCCGGACUGUGGCCCAGUAGCAGCAUUAGCGCCCAG